AUGUCGAUGUUGAAGAAUGUUUCUCAAAGACCCUCCUUCAGUUCCAGGUAUUUUUCGAGAAAUCUCUCAUCAAUUGAACCCAAUCCCUCGCUUCACAUUCCAUUAGGGUUUCAUCGAUUCGAUAUGGGAAUGUUGAUGUUGAAGAAUGUUGGUCGACGACCCCCCUCCAGUUCCAGGUAUUUUUCGAGGACUCUCUCAUCAAUCGAACCCAUUCCCAAAAGCCAUCUGGAAAUUGAGAGAAAGCUGCCUCUUUUGCUUCGCUUACAUGGAAACAACAUUGAGGUAGACGUCGGGUUUAGGCGUAACUAUUUCUCUCUGCUUUCCUGGGACGACAAAUCACUAUCCACACAACAACUCCACUUGCCAUUUCCUACGAUUAGUGACGUGAGCUAUUGUGAUGGCGUGGUGUGCCUCCACGCUGGGUUUAUUGACGAUAGAGUUGCCCUUUGGAACCCGUCGACUAACGAAUUCAAGUUCCUUCCUAAGACCAGCAUCAAACUCCAUCCAGAUGCUAAUUAUCUCAUGUUUAAACGUCCCAUGAUUGGGUUCGAUAGUAAUUCUCAAGAUCUUAAAGUACUGAGGUUCGUGAGAACCUUUUUUCCUGAAGAAGAUUAUUGUAUGCCCAUUACGCGACAGUUGGAGUUGUACUCCCUAAAGUCCGAUUCUUGGGAGGAAUUGCCUUAUAACCUUUCUUCUGAUUGUAAACAGAUUUCUGUCCUUGAUCUUCCGGAUUCGGCUAACCGUGCUGCGAAAUUUUAUAGACUGCGUCUUGCCGAGCGGGAUGGGUUGCUUGCCACUUUUAUCUACCCGAAAUAUGGAGAGGAAAAAACUUUUGAAUUGUGGGUGAGAAGUCAUGAUGGUUCGUGGGAGUGGAUAUCCACCUUUUGUGUUCCUGGUGUUGAUAAGCCAUUAGGGUUCUGGACAAAAGAUUAUCUGCUUUUUCGAGGCAAAGGUGAAUAUCUAAUCCUUUAUCACAUUGUCACUCAAGAGGUUAAGUGUCUUAAUAUCUCUGAUGAUCUUCCUUGUCUGGAGUUUGUUCCUUGUGUGGAGAGUGGAUUUCAGCUUGUUGGGAAAUCAGAGUUUGAAAACAAAGAGGUAUAG